ACCUGCGUGGAAUCAAUGGAUCGAUCGAAUCGAUGGGAUCAAUAUGGGCCGGAAUCGUCGGCGAAACUAACGGUUAGCGGGCCAUUUCGCAGGCAGCUGCAAGGACGCAAAGGACUCGGGACAGGAUGCUUGAAAAACGAUACUCGGCGCUUUGUUGCGAUAAUUAUAGAGUGCGUCGAUGGCGAUGUCGAUCCAGCACCCAGAUUCAGAUUCAGAUGCCGAUUCCGAUUCCGAUUCCGAGGACCGAUCCAUCAAGGAAUCAGUGAAUCUGAAUCGCAAGGACAUGGCUUCCGCUCGCCAGGAGACUCGGGACGCAGACGCAACAGCAGUUCCUGGUCGCCUGGAUCUCUGAAUUGCUGGCUUUCCAGCACUUCUGGCACCCCGGGCUCAGAUUUUGGGUGCUGUGAAAGCACUUCCGGCCGGGCUCUAUAAUUAUAUUAGUGCGGAAUGCGGAAUUCAAUGCCCGAAAAGGGUGCAGGACGCACCACACGAGCUGCAGAGUACUGCGUAAUUACGACAAAUCACAGACAGCGUAAUAGAAUUCGAGAGCGAGUGCCAUACUCUGCACUAAAAGAAAAUUAUUUAAUAGAAAUAAGGCAUAUAAAAUGUUCUAAUUUUGUAAAACAAAAUUUCCCAAAUGCUCAUUCCUUUAAACUUUUUUUUAUUUAUCGUAUCAUUGUAAUAUAGAUAUAAAUAUAAACCUUUUGCAAAUGGGAAUGUGUUUUAAGGUAUAAAGUAAUUAUUUAUUAAUAAACAUUUUUUAUA